AUGAAUGAAAGAGCCAGUGGCGUCUCGUACCUGAUGGGGGGUGUGCUGAGGGCUCUUCUUGUGCUGUUGACCACGUGCUUCACAGCGGAGGGAGGAGACUGCCCCAAAUCCUGCACCUGCCAUGUCCCCAACGAAGUCCACUGCACCUUCAGAUACUUGAUCACAGUACCGGAGAAUAUUCAACCAUCUGUGGAGAAAUUGAACAUGGGGUACAACAGUAUAGCCAUGAUAAAAGAAAAUGACCUAAUUGGACUAAAACACUUAGAGUUAUUGAUGUUGCAUAGUAACACCAUCCUUGACAUUGAAGAUGGAGCUUUCAAAGAUUUGCCCUCACUACAGGUUCUGAAGAUGUCCUAUAACAAAUUAGAGAAAAUAGACAAAGAGACGUUUGCAGUCAAAAGCAUCCACCUGUCAGACAACCUCCUGUCCAGCCUUCCUGCAGACAUUUUCCCAUCCUCCAUCCAGCUCGACAAUCUAUUCCUCCAUGGGAACCCUUGGAGUUGUGACUGCCGCAUGGCAUGGUUUCAAAAGUGGAGAACCAGGAAUGUUGGUGUUUUGAAGUGCAAGCGUGAUCGGAGAGGCCAGCUUUGCCCACCAGAGAUUAAAUUGCAGCUCGAUCGGACACCAACAACCUUCUCCACGCUACACGUGAAAUACCAGUCUGUGGUUCGCCUGCGGCUCGAUAAUAGACCGACUAACAGAGAUGGCUACUCUUGGACCAUGAUCAAGCAUGACAAUGAGACCAAAACUCAACAUACUGCACUUACAGGUGGAGUUGCCCAAUUCAGCUGUGCAGUGGUCGGCUACAGCAAACAAGAGGGGCAAUUCUACAGUCCCAUAUACCAUUCAAGUGACUACAGAGUGUCAGUGUGA